AUGACUCGGAUACGUCUCAUGGAUCUCCCCUUGGAAUUAUUGCAUGACAUCUUGGAAAGAUUUGUCGUCACAGUUGGCGUCGUUGGCUUUAGACAUGCUCUCCGCAUCCGACUUGUCAACCGGCGGUUCUCGCAGGGGAUCAUGUCAGUCAUAGCCAAGCCAGGAAUCGUGGAUUUUGGCAGUCAAAAGGGACUCGAAAUCCUUCGACAUCACGACGUGAUUUCAAGACCCUUAUCUGUUGAUAUCUUAAGAUACCGUCUAGAACAUCGCCUCACUCCUCCAGACAUCAGCAUUGCGAGGAUAAAAGAUGCAGCAGCCUUUCUCGUACAAGAGAGUCAUAAAUUGCAGCCCCUGUGUUCCCCUCUUCGAUACACGGAUGUUGUGUAUGCUCUAGCUGUUGCCGACAGUACUGGUUGCCGCGAUGAAUACGAUGACUACAUCGUAUCCGCUGGGGAGAUAAGUCAGCUUGUGUUACUUGACGCACUAAUCGCUGUUGCUUUCCUAGGUAAUCUUCAAAUGCUCCGACACCUGUUGAGUGAAGGAGCCGACCCGAACACCCAUAGCAGCUACUAUAGACCUCCUUUGGUGUAUGCUGUUAUGCAAGGACAUCUCGAUGUAGUGAGAUUGCUUCUAGACAGUGGAGCAUACAUAAAUAUCGGCACCCAUUUCUGGUCAGAAAAAACCACGAAUGCACCACUCGACAGAGCAAGUCGCACUGGUCAUUUCGAACUCAUCAAACUACUGUUGGACCAUCCAAGCAUGGUCCUGGGAGGUAAUGAUGACCGAACGACCACAUUACACAAACCCGUAUUGCGGGAUGCAAUUCAAAGUGCAGCAGAAGCCGGACAUCAAGAUGUAAUUCAAUAUCUUGUGCAACGCCCUGAGUGGGAUGGAUAUGUGCCGUUAGAAACCGAGCUGAUGCGUCACUCAAUUCUACGUGGCGGCAUUCGAGGCAACCAGGAACAUAUUAUCCAGUGGAUGCUGGAUAUUGGUGUCAACAUCAACACAGAACUUCACCAUGACUAUUCAGACUGUGACUACGGUCUUUUAGUUCUAGAGAUUGCAGCCACUCGCGGUCGUCCAUCAAUUGUCCGACUACUCUUAGAAAAUGGGGUUAACCGAGAAACACAAGCAUUAUCUAUUGCUGCUGAAAACGGCCAUGUGGAUGUCGCACGCCUGUUACUAGACUACCCAGGCGACAUCAAUGUGGAGCAUAUGUUGGUUGGAAUCGAAGAACAUGGCCCACGGAUUUUUACAGGUAUGAGGUCGCCGGUAAUAGGUACGCCCCUCCACGAAGCUGUAAGAGGUGGGCACGAGCCAAUGGUAAGACUUUUGCUAGAACGAGGGAUAGAUAUAAACGUUCCCUGGGCGAGCGAGGCUAUGAACCUUGCUAUUCAUUGGGAAAUGGAUAGUAUUGUGACGGCUUUCGUUGAAGCCAAAGUGCAAAUUUGA